AUGUUCAAAUCUUCUGACAUGGUCUUUUCAUUGGAUAAUUUAUUUUAUGAAAGACCAGAUGCAAAAAAAAGAGAUCUAGAAAAAGAAGAGUCAAACAUUUGGUAUAUCGCACCUGCUCCAGUUAUUGCUGAAAUUCCAGCAGCAGAGGAGCUACAGAGGGAGCUGGAAAAAAAUGAGUUGCAGAGGGAGCUGGAAAAAAGCACAGCCAGCAAUCAUAUGGGAGGGAUAAAGCACCAGAAGGUUAUACAACAACACAGGAGUAACACUGAUGAUGUAAAUGAUAAAUCUCCAGCAUCUGUUCAUUUUGGCAUAGUCUCUGGAAAAGAAAUGCUCCAGCUAAGUGUAGGAGAAAGAGAGAAGAUAAAUUUUCAGCAUGCAAGUCUAAAAAUGGUUUCAUUGUUUCUGUCUCCUGACCAAGAUAAGUAUAAAAGAGGAACAGGGAUUUGUCAGCAACCUGAUGCAAAUUUUUCACAGAGUAAAAUCUUAAUUAAUUUUCCAGAAAAUGGUGAUGAUGAGAGUGUCCAUUCAACGUUAAGAAAAAGCUUAUUUAAACUGUCUGAUUGUAUGUAUAAAAAUACAGAAUUUAAAGAUAGUUCAGUGGAUAUGAAACAAGUUGAUACUUACCUUAAUACAAGUGAAAACAUGACAGAAGUGAGAAAAGAAGAUGUGUGGAGAAUAAAUCAUCAUACUCCCAUAACUACAGGCUCAGAUUUUACCCUACAAAGGGUAAAUGAUGGGAACAUUGCAUCUAAAAUUGGAUUUCAAAUAAAAUCACUUCCUAGUGCUUCAAGGAUUCUGGAUAUGACAGGAACUACAGGAAGAAAUUUGGAAAUGUUGAGGGCUGUUACAGAAAUACCGACCCAAUUUAGAAGUAUUUUUAAGGAGUUUCCAUAUUUUAACUAUGCACAGUCUAAAGCUUUGGAUGAUCUUCUUUACACAGAUAGAAAUUUUGUGAUUUGUGCUCCAACUGGCUCUGGAAAAACUGUAAUGUUUGAACUAGCUAUUACCAGAUUACUUAUGGAAGCCCCAAUGCCUUGGUUAAAUAUUAAAAUUGUUUACAUGGCUCCAAUAAAAGCUCUAUGCAGUCAGCGUUUUGAUGACUGGAAAGAAAAAUUUGGACCUAUAGGACUCAACUGUAAGGAACUGACAGGAGAUACAGUGAUGGAUGAUUUAUUUGAAAUACAUCGCGCUCACAUUAUUAUCACUACACCUGAAAAAUGGGAUAGCAUGACUAGAAGGUGGAGAGACAACUCUAUAGUUCAGCUUGUUCGACUGUUUCUCAUUGAUGAGGCAAGAAAAUUAAUGAUAUUAUAUGCUGUUUUUGUUCCUGAAGAUAAAAGGAAACCUGUGCAUGUUAUAAAGGAUGAAAGCCGUGGUGCAACAUUAGAAGUUGUAGUCAGUCGGAUGAGGACUAUUCAGUCUUCUCUUUGGCGUCUUUCAGAGAAUCAUGACGUUGUUUCUCCCUUGAGAUUUGUAGCUGUGUCAGCAACAAUCCCAAAUGCUGAAGAUAUUGCAGAAUGGCUUUCAGAUGGUAAGAUGCCUGCUCUAUGUCUGAAAAUAGAUGAGGAUCAGCGACCAGUGAAGCUACGCAAAAUUGUUCUUGGUUUUCCUUGCAGUGAUAAUCAGACAGAAUUCAAAUUUGACUUAACUCUUAACUACAAGAUAGCGAGUGUUAUACAAACAUACUCUGAACAAAAACCAGCACUUGUGUUUUGUGCCACAAGAAAAGGAGUACAGCAGGCCGCUUCUGUUCUUUCAAAAGAUGCCAAAUUUCUAUUAAGUAUAGAACAGAAACAAAGAUUACAGAGGUCUGCAAAUUCAUUGAAAGAUUCUAAGCUCAGAGAUCUUUUAAUGUAUGGUGUGGCUUAUCAUCAUGCGGGUAUGGAGGUGUGUGACAGAAAAAUAAUUGAAGGAGCUUUUACUGUAGGAGAUUUACCAGUACUUUUUACUACUAGCACCUUAGCUAUGGGAGUCAAUCUACCUGCACACCUGGUGGUUAUAAAAUCCACAAUGCACUAUGUUGGAGGGAUGUUUGAAGAGUACAGUGAAACUGAUAUUCUGCAAAUGAUUGGGAGAGCAGGAAGACCUCAAUUUGACACUACAGCAACAGCAGUCAUUAUGACUCGUUGGAGUACAAGGGAGAAGUAUAUACAGAUGUUAAAUGGUGCAGAUAUAAUAGAGAGCAGCUUGCACAGGCAUCUUGUCGAGCACUUAAAUGCAGAAAUAGUGCUGCAUACUGUCACAGAUGUCACUGUAGCUUUGGAAUGGAUGCGAUCAACCUUCUUGUACAUUAGAGCUUUAAAAAAUCCAACUCAUUACGGUUUUUCAUCUGGAUUGGAUAAAACAGGAAUUGAAGCAAAAUUACAGGAACUGUGUUUGAAGAACUUGAACAAUUUGUCUUCUUUCAAUUUGGUCAGGAUGGAUAAAGAAAAUAAUUUCAAACCAACAGAGACUGGAAGAUUAAUGGCAUGGUAUUAUAUUGCAUUUGAAACAGUGAAACAGUUUUUCACAGUUAAGGGAACAGAGACUUUAAAUGAAUUGGUUACAAUGAUCUCCAACUGCGCAGAAUUUCUGGAUGUCAAGUUAAGAAUAAAUGAAAAGAAAAUACUGAACACUUUGAAUAAAGACAAGAACAAAAUAACCAUCAGGUUUCCAUUGGAGGGGAAGAUUAAAACAAGAGAAAUGAAAAUAAACUGUCUUAUUCAGGCUCAGCUAGGAUGCAUUCCUGUUCAAGACUUUACUUUGACACAAGAUACUGGCAAAAUAUUUAGAAAUGGCAUAAGAAUUACUAGAUGGUUGUCUGACUUUCUGGCAUCAAGUAAAACCAACUUUUCUGCAUUAUUAAACUCCGUGAUUUUAGCUAAGUGUUUCAGGUGUAAACUUUGGGAAAAUUCACUUCAUGUGUCUAAACAAUUGGAAAAAAUUGGUGUAUCAUUGUCAAAUGCUAUGGUAAAUGCUGGUCUGACAUCGUUUAAAAAAAUAGAAGAGACAAAUGCAAGGGAACUUGAAUUGAUUUUAAACAGACAUCCUCCUUUUGGAAACCAGAUAAAAGAAUCUGUUUUGCAUCUUCCAAAAUAUGAACUUGACAUUGAACAGCUUCCAAAAUACAGUGAUACACUGGCUGAAAUCUUAGUAACCAUCAAAUUAACAAACUUUGAGCAGCUGCAGACAAAGAGAACAGCGCCAGAUUUUCACUAUGUUACAUUAAUCAUAGGAGAUGCUGACAAUCAAGUAAUUUUUAUUCAGAAAAUAAUGGAUUCAGUGUUGCUAAAAACUGGAAAUUGGAUGAAGAAAAUUGAAGUGAGAAGAGCUCUUAAAUCAGAGGACAUUAGUAUAAAUUUAAUUAGUUCUGAUUAUGUUGGCCUUGACAUACAGCAAGCAUUUACAGCCUUUUACUUAAUACCAAGAACAGUUGGAGGUAAAGUUGUUACAAAUAAAAAACAGAAAGCUGAGUCUCCACUUGAUAUGUAUUACGGCUCACCGCAAAGUCCGCCAGCAGCAGAAGUAGAUACAGGAAGCAGAUCUAAAGAAGAGCAUACCUACAAGAAAUACAGGAACAGAGAGUGCAACCAUCGCUGUAAAAAUAAAGAUGUAUGUGGACAUGACUGCUGUAAAAUUGGAGUACCUCCUAAGUCUGAGAUGAAUGGAGAUUCUAAGUUUACUUUGUACUUAGCUGAUUUAAGGAGCAGGAACUCGAUUUCAUCUGUACCCCCAGUAAAGCGGUUAAAGAUGCAGAUGUUAAAUCAAGCUCAGAAUGUGGAUCUCAAACAAUUUGGUUUUGCACCCAAAUCCUUGAUGCCAGCAUUGUCAAGGUCUGGCAAUAAACAGUUGUCUUCAUCACCUUCAGUGGACCAGGUAGAUAAUGUUAAUAGCCUAGGAAUAUCUCAGAAACAACUGCAAUCCUGGAAUUAUGGAAAGAGUAGUGCUUCAGAUGUGAACUCUGAACUGAGAGAUGACAUUUGGAAUGAUCUUGAUGAUGAAAUAUUAGUAUAUGCUAGUGACUUUUCCAGUGGAGAAUUGGAUAAGCAUGAAACACCUUGCAAGUAUACAACAAGCAAAGCUACAAGUGACAUUUCAAAAGUUUCUUGCACAUUACAAGGUGAGACCAGUAUUCAGAACCCAUUUUUUGCUGUGCUUAAUAGCUCAUCAAAAGUGGAAUUACCUGUACAGAGUGGAUAUAUAAAUAUGGUCAGUUUUCAAGAAGAAAAGCAUUCAAAUCCUUCACAAGAGCUGAAAAAUAUACAGUGUUCUUCAAUCUCAAAAACAAUCUCAGACUCUUUUAAAUUCACUAGGAAAGAAGAUUUUUUUUUCACAAAAGAACAGGAAGAAGAAAUAGAGCCCAGAUAUCUUCUGGAUGAUGAAAUCAGUGAUGUCAAGCCUUUACUUGGACUAUUUGAUGACAUACUGUAAAACAUAAAAUCUAUUGUAAGUGCUGAAAAAAACGUUAGUCAUUUUUCCAGAAUGAAACCUUUGAAUGCUGU